CGGGAGUUGAUGGCACUUGAUGCUCCGUCCUUUUAUCAUAUCAGCUCUUGAGCAGUGUGCAUGACUGCAGCAGCCAACAGGGCACUCACUGCUCGCACCCGCGGCGCGGUCCAGCUGGCCAACUCCCACCAGACGAGGCAGCACCCGCGCGGACGCAGGCACCAGCACCACCAAGCGACCCAGCCAUGUCGUCGUCGUCGGAGCCUCACGUGGUGGAGGACUGCCGCGGGGUGGUGCAGGUGCUGAGCGACGGCACGGUGCGGCGGAGCGCGGGCGCGCCGCCGUUCGCGGUGGAGAUCCCGGAGGACGAGUGCGGCGUGGAGUGGAAGGACGUGGCGUGGACGCGGGAUCACGGCGGGCUCAACGCGCGCCUGUACCGCCCGCGGCACCUGGGCGCGGCCAACGACGCGCGGCUCCCCGUGCUGGCCUACUUCCACGGCGGCGGCUUUUGCUUCGGGUCCGGGCGCUGGCCGUGUUUCCACGCCGUCUGCCUCCGCCUGGCCGCCGAGCUGCCCGCCCUCGUGGCCUCCUUCGACUACCGCCUCGCGCCCGAGCACCGGCUCCCCGCCGCGCAGGACGACGGCGCCGCGGCCGUGCGCUGGCUGCUCCGCCUCUCCCCCGCCAGCGACCCCUGGCUCGCCGACGCCGCCGACCUCUCCCGCUUCUUCGUCGCCGGCGACUCCGCCGGCGGCAACGUCGCGCACCACGUCGCCGCCGGGCUCGGCCGCGGCGGGGGCGCCGUCCGCGGCGCGGUGCUCCUGGCUCCGGCCAUGUUCGGCGAGGCCCGGACGCGGUCGGAGCGGGAGUGCCCGCCCGACGCGUUCCUCACCGUCGAGACCUGCGAGAGGUACAUGCGCCUCGCGCUGCCGGAGGAGGAAGGGUGGACGUGGGACCACCCGGUGAUCAACCCGGCGGGGCCGCUGGCGCCGGCGCUGGACGCCGUCGCGAUGGCCCCCGUGCUCGUCGUCGCCGGGGGCAGCGACCUUCUCAGGGACCGGAACAGGGAGUACGCGCCCCGGAUGAAGGAGGAGUGGGGCAAGGACGUGGAGUACGUGGAGAUCGCCGGCGCCGGGCACGGCUUCUUCCAGCUGGACCCGUGGUCCGAGCACGCCGACGAGGUCGUCAGGAUCGUGCGCCGGUUCGUCGUCGACCACAUGGACUCCUCCGAGUAGGACGGGCGAGCGACCUGACCUGGUCUGCCACGUGGGUCAUCAUCAAUAAUGGGCUUUGCUUUCGCUUCUUGCCCUCAAUUAUUUUCUUCAUCAGGGUGGAUUGAUUGCGCGGAUUUCUCAACAAACCCAGUGAGAAUUAUUUUGUGUCGGCCAUAGAGAUCCGAAUUCGAUACGAUCCACCCCCACCACACGAUGGGCCUUUAUGGGCCAGUCUAUGUUACUGUUGUCAGUGUUUUAUCCUCUACAAAGCAUGUUAUACUCGUGCGUUUUCUUA